GCGCUGCCCGGCCCGGGCCCAGCGGUCGCGGCAGCGUGAGGGCCGCAGGCCGCGAGCCCCGGUGUGGCGGCGCGGGGCGGCAGCCGCCGCAGCGCUGCACGGGCGAGCAGGCGGGAGAUGCCGAAGCUGCGCGGGGAGGCCUUCUGGAGGGAGACGCUGCGGAGCGCCCACUACGUGGUGGCGCCCAUGGUGGACCAGAGCGAGCUGGCCUGGAGGCUGCUGAGCCGCCGCCACGGCGCCCAGCUCUGCUACACACCCAUGCUGCACGCCCAGGUCUUCCUAAGGGACGCCAACUACCGCCGCGAGAACCUCUACGGCGAUGCCUGUCCGGAGGACCGCCCGCUCAUCGUGCAGUUCUGUGCCAAUGAUCCUGAAGUGUUUGUCCAAGCAGCACUGUUGGCUCAGGAUUACUGUGAUGCCAUAGACCUAAAUUUGGGUUGCCCCCAAAUGAUUGCAAAGAGAGGUCACUAUGGAGCAUUUCUGCAAGAGGAGUGGGAUCUUCUUCAGAAAAUGAUUUUACUGGCUAACGAGAAGCUCUCUGUUCCCAUCACAUGCAAAAUCCGCAUUUUCCCAGACAUUGACAAGACAGUGAAGUAUGCACAGAUGCUGGAGAAAGCUGGCUGCCAGCUGCUGACUGUGCAUGGCCGUACUAAGGAGCAGAAAGGACCACUUGCUGGCGUGGCAUCUUGGGAUCACAUUCAAGCUGUCAGAAAAGCUGUAAGCAUUCCUGUAUUUGCAAAUGGAAACAUCCAGUGUCUCAGUGAUGUGGAAGARUGUAUCCGUAAGACAGGAGUACAUGGUGUCAUGAGUGCAGAAGGUAAUCUUCAUAACCCAGCUUUGUUUGAGGGCCGGAACCCACUGGUGUGGGAGAUGGCUGAGGAGUAUCUGGAGAUAGUGCGGAAGUACCCUUGUCCAUUGUCUUAUGUUAGGGCUCAUCUCUUCAAGCUUUGGCAUCACACGCUUCAAGUUUACCAGCAGCUGCGUGAAGAAUUAGCAAAAGUGAAGACUCUGGAUGGCAUUGUAGAUGUCAACCGGGAGCUGAAACUGCGAUGCCAGGAAGAAAUAGCUAAUCAGAAAGAAGGAGAAAAGCCAAAAGAAGGGUUGCCUUUUUUCCACUGGAUCUGUCAGCCAUACACCAGGGCAGGGCCAAAGGAGAGAUGCAGGGAGAAUGGAACUGAAAAAAGUGUGCGAGGGAAGCGUACUCUGGAAGAGGAGGAAGAUGGAAAUUCUGAGCUUCUGUCAAAGAAUAAGCAAAAAAAGAAGUUAAGAAAUCCAAAUAAAAGCUUUGAUCCAUCUUUAAAACCCAAAUAUGCAAAAUGUGAUCAAUGUGGAAACCCUAAGGGCAAUAAAUGUGUUUUUAACAUGUGCCGAGGAUGCUGUAAGAAAAGGGCAUUUAAGGAGACAGCAGAUUGUCCAGGUCAUGGAUUACUUUUUAAGACCAAGUAUGAAAAAUCCCUUUCAUGGCAACACAGUCAAAGAGGAAUUCAAGCCCCAGAAAUCAGUCAGAGAGGAGAAGCAGAGGUGGGGGAGAUGGCAAUGCUGAAAGAGGCUGGUGACAGCACAGCGUGAAGUUUUGGAAAUGAACAGUCCCAAGAGCUCCUGUCAGACCACUACUUCCCUGGGCCAAAGAAUGUGCCAUCUCCAGUUCACUGCCAGCUGUGUACUUGUUCCACAUUAUUAAGUUCCGGAAAAGUUUUAUUUAAAUAAAAAACUGCUUACUCAGGGAAUCAUCCAGCAUUUGAAAUAAAAGAGAUGCAAUUAAAUGUCUCAUGCUGUAUUUUAAAGACUGAAARUGCUGCAUUUUUGGGUGGGGGCCAUUUCUGUAAGUUGCCAUCACACUCUGCCUCUUGUAUGCUCAUUUACCCUUCAUGCUGUGUUUUUUUAUAUUGGGGGCUAAAUUUAUUGUAUUAGAACAGCCUUCUGGUGUGCUAAAAAUAGCAAUAGGUGACUUCCUCACUAACAGAAAAAGUUGUCACAUCUGUCAGCAUUUUAGUGGGCCACAUUUUCAAUGUAGAAAGGAAUGCAGCAGUACUUGGAAAAUGUGAAUGGAAACUGUAAGAUAUUGCUAUAAUCACAUCAACAAUUAUUAGUUUCUUACAGUAUGAUAAAACUUUACAGCCUUCAAUGAGCCAAAGAUUGGGAGAGGAUGAAAUCUGUUUUAACAGAGAGGGUUGUCUAAAAAUAGGUGGUAAGUUGGAGCCAAGUCCAUGAAUGUUUCCUUGCUGAAGGUCUAACACUUGAUUAUGUAACCAUUCCUUCUCCUCCCCACCUAAU